AUGUCUCAACAGAGCAUCGGCACGACCAAGAUGGCUGGCAACACCCCCAAGUCAGCACCCAAGACGUGGGCCAAAGACUGCGCUGUCCUGGUCGACAACCCCGCGGGCCCCAUCAUCGCGAGCGGCAAAGACCUUGGCAACAACUCCAAGAUCGGCGCGCGUCUGGUCGCCUACCGCGUCGCUGACACCACCCACUGGAUGGGCUUCCAGCUCGCGUUCCCUCUCGCGCAAGACGCCAACGAGGCUUCUGGGUUCGGCGUGCGCUAUAAAUGCAAGUCUCAAGCCCCACCCAUGCGAUUCACCAUGGAUCGCACUGUGGCUGGCGGCAAGGUCCUGCCCUACGACCAGCACCGCAUCACCGUCAAGUUCCCUCGCGGCGCAAUCCACAAGGUAGAGGAUGCCCCGCCAACGGUUCUCGUGCGUUUCCCCAACGCCAAGGCCAAGGAGAAGGGCCUCGCGCUUGUCACCGUCGAGCUCCAGGACAAUGCCGACGUGGUCGUUGACGGAUUCGGACUUCCCUUCGCUAACCCAGCUGACCCCGAGCUCGAGUCAUGGGUCGACAACACCAAGGCGAUCGCAGGCGACUACACCCUCGUCGGCGUCAUCCAGCAGCGCAAGUUCUACUUCCUUGUGGCCUAUGCCACGCGCGAGGUCCAGAAGAACUGGAACCCAGCCCUGCUCCCCGCGCCCUUCAGCUACCCAUACGGCACUGACCACAAAUGGGACAUGGACAAGUACCGGGAGCUCAUCGCGCAGACCAAGAGCCCGCGUGCUUUCCAGCCGGCCUACAGCUUUGAUGAUGACAACUCACACGUCGCUGUGGUGACCCAGGCCGUCGUCCAGGACGUAGUGUGGCUUGACGACGCUGCCAAUGAGAUCGCCGACAUCAAGUUCCCGGCGUACUUCGUCAACAGUGGCCCGCUCGCCGACGAAGACACCCAGAGCUUCUACGUCGUCAUGCCUCUGACGGCCGAGUUCCGCGAGCGUUUCGAUAGUGCCUGGCGUCGCCUGACCAAGGUCGAGUCCUUCCAGCUCACGCUCUUCAGUGACGAGAGCGACGACAAGGCAAAAGCCCACUGGGACUGCAAGAUCGUGAAUCACCCCGACGGUGUCGAAGCCCUCGCAGCGCAUCCCACCGACAAGUACGAACUCGUGCUCUAUAGUUGCGCUUCUCUCGAAUUCGACUCGCGGCUCGACGACUUUGCGAGAAAGGUGGACGCUGCGUGCCUCUUCGUCUCUGGCGCCCCCAAGGCAGACGGCACCGAGCCCGACGAUGACACCAAGGUCAAGAUGGAGCUGCAUCGAGCUCUGCUGCGCGGAACCGGCUUCUACCAAUUCAUGGCCGCCAAGCCCGCCGUCGCCGGUCCUGACGAUGCAUCGACUGCUAUGGGCAAUCUUUCCCUGGGCGACACGGCCCCCGCCGAGCUGCGACAGCUCCCCGUCGUCGAUCUCCUGGGUUCAGACGGGUACGCCGACGCCGUCGUGGAAGAGGCCCUGCCCGCGGACCGUCAACGAUUCCGCGCCUACAUGUCGAAACGCCUGCUGGGACUUGGUAUCAUCACUGCAGGUCCGGGCUUUGGCAAGACGACCGCUGUCGCCGCCGCCGCUGUCGCCAUGUGCAGACAGAUUGGCAGGGUCCUCUGCUCCGGCCCUACCAAUGUGUCGGUCGACAAUCUGGCUUCCCGCGUCGACCAGGUCACCACAAGAGUCGUCGAGCGCUUCAAUGAGGGCAAGCAUCCGGAAGACCCAACCCGCGCCAAGUACAACGUCGUCCUCCGCGGUUUCAGGCCUUUCGACGAGGUCCAAGCCUUCGAGAACCUCCUGCGCAACCCGCAUGACAAGGAGAACGCCGUUCCUCACCGUGGCUGGAAAGCGACAUCCAAGUGGACGUUCCCCCUGUCGGGUGCCUUCUGGUUGCUUGCGCUGUUCCGCGCCGAGGUCUCGGGCGUCCGACAACUGCGCCCCGACGACAGCCCUGCCUUGUUCGAUCUUCAGAACCAUAUCGACGAGCAGGAGGACUUCGCCGCGCUCCGCGACCUGGCCACUGGCAAGACGUCUUGGGAGGAGUACUCCAAGGGAGAAAUGGUUUCCUCGAACGCCCUUGUGGAGCUACUCAACGUCCUCGUCUCCGAGACCGACAUCUUGUGCACCACCCCGGCCAUGACCGAUAACCACGACGCCUACUUGGGGUGGAAGACGUCCCAGGCCCGUGCUGUUGUGGUGGACGAGGCCGCCUGCAUCCACCGGGCCGAUCUCUACUGCGUCUGGGGAAACACGUUGCUGCCCUGCGUCCUCGGCGGUGACCCAAGACAACUGCGGCCAGUGGUCAUGACUGGGCAGGAGCAGGACGCCGAGGGCAACCUCCUACACCGUUUCGUGGAGGAUGGCAAGAUCUCGCCCCUGGAGGCCCUCCAGGCGUCCGGCAUCCCCGUCUACCGCCUCUUGACGCAGCUCCGCAUGGCAGAGGGCAUGUACGACUGGCUUUCCGAGCUCAUCUACCCAGACACCCCCUUCGAGUACGCCCCGAGCUGCCGCGUCGACCAGCCGCAGUUCGCCCUCGGCCGCGCUCUUGAGGAGUAUGUGCAGGCCAGGUAUCCCGAGGUCAAGCCGGCGCCCAAGGACAGGCUGCUCCCGAUCUUUCUCCACUGCGAGGGCUCCCGGGUGUUCGUCGACGAGCUCACUAAGUCGAAGCGGAGCCCCGACCAGGUCAGGAUUGCGCUGGACUUCCUCGCCGACUUCGUCAAGACCAAGCGGGCAGACCCGGCCCGCCUGGCUCUCAUCGCGCCGUACACAGGCAAUGUCGACCUCAUCCGCCGGAUGCGCAGGAGACCCGAGUACUCCGCCCUUGCCACGAUGCAGCCGGCGUCGACGGUGGAAUCGUUCCACGGCCGGGAAGGCGACAUUGCCGUGGUCAUAAUGGGCACCGCGUACCCAAGGCCAGGUCCGGGGUUCACCUCGGAUGAGAACCGUCUGACGAAAUGCGGGCUCCUGGUUGUGGGCGACAUCAAUGUAACGGGGCCCUUCGAGGAGGGGGUCAGUCGUAAGGGCAAGGGCGGCAAGGGAGGCAAGGUCCAGGAAAAGUUCAUGGUCGAGGGGGCUAACGGAGAGAGGUACUUGACCAAGGCCACGGUCAUGCGCAACCUGUACACCAAGUGGUACAAGCUUGGACGUGUUAUCCGCGUCACCGUACCGCCGAAUGCUGCCUCUUAA